CCCUGAGAUGUGGCUUGGGGUGAUGGAGAACCCCAAGAGCCGGGAGCGCCGCCGGUGCGGGCUGCUGCUGCUGCUGCUGCUGCUGCUACUGCUGCCUGGGAUCCCCGGAGCCACCGGGGCUGUUUUGCCCCUCUCUGAGAGCCCCAGCUCGUGGCUCCCAUGGGUCCAGCCUCCCGCUUCUCUGACCCUGCGAGACUGGAGCCUUCAGCUGACCGGAGAGGCAGGCCCCGCCGGGGCCCCCGGCCCGCCCCCAUCUCGAGCCCCGUCCCCAGGGCCCAGCCCGAGCGCCGGACCCCAGCGGCGCCUGGUGGUGGCGGACGACGCGGCUUUUCGAGAGCGGGCGCGGCUGCUGGCCGCCCUGGAGCGGCGCCGCUGGCUCAAUUCUUACAUGCACAAGCUCCUGGUGGUCAGCGAUGCGGCCGCCGACUGA